AUGGCUACUCCCAAAUUCAACUCUAAAUCUCCUACGAUACGGCGCAUACUACGCGAGGCCGCCGAACUAUCCAACUCGCCAUCACCAGAUUAUACAGCAACCCCACUAGAAUCCGACCUCUUCGAGUGGCACUUUACUUUCCGCGGACCUCCAAAAUCCUCAUACAGCGACGGUAUAUACCACGGCCGCAUUGUAUUACCGCCUACCUAUCCCCUCCGUCCUCCUAGCUUCCGAUUCCUUACCCCAAGCGGUCGCUUCGAGACGAAUCGCGAAAUUUGCCUUAGUAUCAGCGGCCAUCAUGAGGAGACAUGGCAGCCCGCCUGGGGUGUAAGGACAGCAUUGGUUGCGUUACGCAGCUUCAUGGAGACCGACCCCAGAGGUCAGCUAGGUGGCCUCGAGACAAGCGACGACGUGCGCAAGCGCCAUGCAACAGCAUCACAUUCGUUCAAAUGUUCGAUAUGUGCUAAGACGAACCUCGAUAUCAUUCGAGAGUGUGAAGAGGGUGCCAAAGUCGUUGCCGGCUCGUCUGAGCCUCCCUCUGAGGUUGCGGUACCUGCAGAGCUGAAAAUGGGCUGGAAGGAUGAGAUGACCAAUACAGCAAAUCCUGUAGAGGAGCCAACCGCGUCAGACGCUCCACAGCGCAGUGAGGGUGACAGUGAAAGCGCUGAGCUCGCCGAAGGUUUCGUUCGCACAACACCUGAUACACAUCCAACGGAUGUUACUUUACCGCCAGCCGCAACUUCUCGUAUCGCUCGUCACGCCCAGGUACCUACGCCGACAAGAACAGUCUCGCUACCUCCGGCACCAAACGUUCGGCAAGUUCAUCAACGCCCUCAUGAUGAAGGCGUGCCGCUAUGGGUGGAUCGAGCCAUAGUUGUCCUAGUGGUACUUCUGUUGGCCAUGAUAGUAAAAGUUGUGCUUAAUUUGUAG